UGUACGGGAUCUGUGUUAUAGUCCUGAUGGCACUAUUCUAGUAGUGGCGGCAGGAUCCUCCUUGCUCAUCUAUGCAGCAGAAGAUGCUGAACUGCGCAAAACACUGAAAGGACAUAGAGACACAAUAUAUGCUGUAGACUGGUCACACGAUGGGAAGUAUUUUGCCAGUGGUUCGGCAGAUAAAUGUGUCAUAAUUUGGAAGGCAACUUCUUUUGAAGGACUUGUGAAAUAUAAACACAAUGAUGCCAUUCAAAGCCUGGCAUUCAAUCCGUCUACGCUUCUGUUAGCCAGUUGUGGAUGCACUGACUUUGCCUUUUGGACCCUCGACCAAGAAUCUGUUGUGAAGACAAAGCUCCCAACCAGAGCAACAUGCUGCAGCUGGAAAUUCGACGGGCAGUAUCUGGCGGUUGGUUUGUACAACGGUGUAAUUAGCAUCAGGAAUAAGGCGACCGAAGAAAUCUCCAGAAUUGAACGCCCUGGAUCACCAAUAAUCUGGCGUUUACGAUGGAGUCCUAUCAAGGGUGAGAGAGAACUUUUGGCAGUUGUGGACUGGAAUCAGAAGUUAUCGUUUUACCAGCUUUGUGGAAAACAGCUUAUUUAUGGCAAUGGGCAUAGCGUACAACAACUUGCACUUGUGCCAAAAGUUGGAAAAGAUAGGAAUUUGGCAUUCGACCCCUGUGACGUGACUUGGUUUGGGCCAAAAUGCGAUGCAGUGGCUACAUGUGGUUCCGAUCGGUCAUGUGUGUUGUACAGUUCAGAAGGCAAUCGACUUUGUACAAUUAACCAGCAACAGUCAUGGAUAUGGUGUUGUCGUAAGAGACCAGGUGAAAAUCAAAUAGUUGUCGGUUGUCAGGACGGCACUAUUGAGACCACCCAGCUUUUGCUAACUACCGUUCAUAGUCUAUAUCGUGAUCGAUACGCGUAUCGGGAAUCAUUAACGGAUGUAGUUGUGCAACAUUUGGUUACUCAGCAGAAAGCUCGCAUUAAAUGUCGCGACUAUGUGAGAAAAAUUGCUGUGUACAAGAAUCGUCUAGCCAUACAGCUGUCUGACAAAAUACUCAUCUAUGAACCGUCCACGGAUGACCCGACGGAUAUGCAUUACCGCGUUCGCGAGAAAUUGUCUCAAACCAUUGACUGCCAAUUGCUGGUGGUAACUACGCAUAAUUUGGUUUUCUGCAAGGCGAAUCAUUUGACAUCUAUGAACUUCCAAGGAGUACGCGAACGCGAGUGGGUCUUGGACGGGGCUGUUCGGUACAUUCGAAUUGUUGGUGGCCCGCCAACACGUGAAACAUUGCUAGUUGGUCUAAAGAAUGGACAAGCGAUGAAAGUUAUUCUGGAUAAUACUUUUCCUAUACAACUCGUCAAACUGCUCGGUGGUAUUCGCUUUGUUGAUAUCAGUCGAAACAGAGACAAGCUUGGAGUGAUUGAUGACAACAAUACACUGAGCGUAUUUUGCCUUCGAAGCAAGGAGAUGCUGUUCCAGGAACCAAACGUAGUCAGCUUGGCUUGGAGUACGACGAACAACGAACUCCUUAGUUUUAGCGGAAGCGACUCCAUAUCCAUUAAGGCCGGUCUAUUUCCAAGCUAUGCACAACAUGUGAAGGGCGUCGUCGUGGGAUUCUGUGGAUCUUUCAUUCAUUGUUUGCAUGAAAACACAAUAAGUCGAGUCGAAGUUUCUUUGGCACCUGCAAUGUAUUAUUAUUUGGAAGCCGGGCAUCUUAAUGAGGCUCGUCAAAUGUCAUGUCACGGAUUGACAGAUCCAGACUGGACUGCGCUCGGUCAGGCAGCACUCUCAAAGUUAAACCUUGAAAUUGCAAAGUAUGCUUACAUUCGGCUGGGUGAACCCUUGAUGUUGGCUUUCAUCCAGCAGUUGGAGCUAGAAGGCACCAAGUAUUUCAGUUUCUUGAUGCAGUUGCUUGCACGUGAAAUCCAAAUCCCGAUUUUACAGGAACGUCGCCGGCGGGCGGAGUGGUCUGAAAACGAAACAACACCGAGCCCUGGAGCUUUAACGGCCAUGGGUGAUGUAGCAACUUACCUAGGAAAGUUUAGUGAAGCAGCCGCCCUAUACACCAGGGCUGGGGCUGGUUUUGGUGGUUUACGUCGUGUUGUUGAAAUGUAUACCGAUUUACGACGAUUUGACGACGCUCGGGAGGCAAUGGGUCCCGGUGGGGAUUACGAGGAACAGAAACAGUUGAUGACCAAGCAUGCAGAUUGGGCACGGUCGACCAACGAACAUCACAUAGCAGCGAAAAUGUACAUGGACGCAGGUGAAUUCGCCAAAGCCAUCGAACUAGCUGGGGAACACGGGUGGACGGAUGUGCUACUUGAAAUAAGCCGGAGAUUGGACAAGGGGAAUCGGGAUUGUCUGGAACGUUGUGCUAAGCAGUUGGCACGACUCGGUGAAUACGCUUUUGCCGCGGAUUGCUACGCAAGGUACGGAGACGUGGAAAACCAACUUGCUUUGCACGUGGAAGCAAGAAACUGGGAAGAGGCCUUCAGCUUGGUGGAAAAACAUCCGGAACACACAGGCCGCGUCUAUUUACCCUAUGCUCAGUGGCUAGCGGAAAAUGACAAAUUUGAAGAAGCUCAAGCCGCCUUUGCAAAGGGUGGCCUUCAGACAGAAGCCAUUCGGGUUCUGGAACAACUGGCCACUUGUGCAGCAACCGAAUCACGCUUCGAAGAUGCUGGGUUCUACCACUGGAAGCUUUCUACUCAGUGUCUUCAAAUGGCAAGAGAUACAAAAGAUGCAAAAAAGCGGAGGCAACACUUGGAGAAGUAUUACGACUUGCAAAGGAAAGCCGACAUCUAUUACGUUUAUUCCAACAUACACCGAUAUAUACACGAACCCUUUUCUUCACAAAUGACGGAAACUUACUUCAACAUGGCAAGAUACUUGGUCAACACGCUCCAGACUAGCGAUGUUGCAGCAGUAUCUAAGGUGUCAAUUCUCCACACAUUAGCCAAACACGGACGCGCAUUGGGUGCAUUCAAACUGGCGCGUGGUGUGUAUGACCGAUUGCAACAUUUGCACUUGCCACCAGACAUCCGUGACAAGAUCGAACUGGCCAGCUUGAGUAUACGUGCAAAACGCUGUGUGGAUUCGGAAGAUUUGAAUGUCAUGUGCUACCGCUGUUCCACUACCAACCCUCUGUUGAGCAAUUCUGGAAACCGGUGUAUAAACUGCAGAGAACCGUUUGUCUUCUCUUUCAUUUCAAUGGAACAACUCCCACUUGUUGAAUUUGUGCCCGAAAAUGGUAUUUCUCAUGAAAUGGCUAUGGAGUACUUGAAAUCUGACGUAAGAAAACAAUCACCGGAUUCCGUAAAAUACAAUCACACAGCAGCGAACCCAGAGAAUAAUGCCUCACAAACCUUAAAAAUUUCCCCCGGAGAUCCAUUCUUUGAACAGGAUCUUUUCACCGCCAAGUUGCUGAAUGCAGACCUGAAUUCUGGGCCGUACACACCCGUGCAGCUGGACGCUGAGACUCUCCGAUCACUUGCGGUCUCGGAAGUCAUUGUUAUCGAACCAUCUCCGCCUUUGCGCCCACGAUACUACAAAUCCGUCCUACCUGAAGUGCACGUUACGCAGUGCCUAACCUGUCACAAAUUGUUCAACACUGAUGACUACGAGCUGGCCGUUCUACGGAUGGGUUGUUGUCCCUAUUGUCGAACACCGAGGGAGUGA